AUGGAGAAAAUCAUCCCCUACUUUUACUCUGACCUCUUCGACAGCCGCGUCCACUUGCCCCCUCACCACAGGAGGAAGGACGGACAUUUCAUUCCAGAGGUUCCCCCGUCCAAAGAACGACAUCCUAUAAUGUCGGUAAGAAAUCGUACGGCACCCGGUCCCGACAUGAUAAGAUCUAAACUUCUGAAGACUUCACAUUCCGCUAGUUCUCAUCAACACCCUGACGAGACUCUUCACGCGUUGUCUGUUGCAAUGCAAGAUCCCCAAACAGUGCAAGACCAGCGAGACUGUGUCGUUGUACAAGAAGGGACAUUCACAUGA